CUAUUUGUCAACUGUAUCUGUCAGCCGCACUGUUGCACGUGUGAAAGAUCUAAUUUGAUUUUGAUUGAAUUUAUCAAGUAAUUUGAAUACAUUUAUUUAAUAGUAUCAAUAUAUUGCUAUCAUGCAGCACGAUGAUGUGGUUUGGGCUAUCAUCAACAAGAAGCAUUGUUCACACAAAGUAACUACGAAGACUCAACAAUUUUGCCGUAAUGAAUAUAACCUCACAGGUCUUUGUAGUAGGGCAUCAUGUCCACUCGCAAACAGUAGAUAUGCUACAAUCAGAGAAGAAAAUGGUAUUAUUUAUUUGUACAUGAGGACUGCAGAAAGGAUUAUGUUUCCAGCAAAGCAAUGGGAGAAAGUGAAACUUUCUCGCAAUUUUGAGAAAGCCAUAUAUCAGAUCAAUGAAAACCUUUUGUACUGGCCAGCAUUUAUCAAGGCAAAAUGCAAACAGCGGUUUGUAAAAAUAACACAAUAUCUUAUACGUAUGAGAAAACUGAAACUAAGGAGAGUGAAAGAGUUAGUUCCAAUACAGAGAAAGAUAGAAAGAAGAGAGAGGAGGAGGGAAGAGAAGGCUCUGGUUGCGGCUAGAAUAGACAAUGCUAUUGAGAAACAACUGCUGGAGAGGCUGAAGAAAGGAACUUAUAACGACAUUUACAAUUUCCCACAAAUGGCUUUCGACGCGGCGCUGAAAGCGGAAGAGGUUUCAGGGGAAAGUGAGAGCGAGAGGGAAGAUGAGGAGGAGAGGGAGAUGGAGAUAGAACCGGAGUUAGAAAAGGAGUUGGAGAAAACCAUGGAGGAAACGGACGAGUUUGUUGAAGCCGAGAGUGAUCAGGACAGUGAUGAGGAAAGCGAUUCAGGAAGGAGGGAAGAUGCUGAUGUUGGCAGCGGUUUCGAGUCUGAAACUUCUGAUAUUGAGGAUGUCGCUGAGAAAGUAAGCAGAAAGAAGCCUCGCGUUGAAAUAGAAUAUGAAACAGAACCAGUUGUUAAUGUGUCUAGAAAGAAAAUAAAACAUUGAUUUUAUAUUGAAA